AUGACCGUCGCAGCUCCUGAGCUCCCAAAGCCUGCUACACUCCCCGUCCUCAUGGAAAAUCUUGACAAGAUCAACGCCUAUCUUAGCCCUCUCACACCAGAAGAAAUCUUACAAUGGGCCAUCGACUAUCUUCCCAAUCUCUACCAAACCACAGCAUUCGGUCUUACGGGCCUUGUGGCCAUCGACAUGCUGUCAAAAAUCACGACUUCGCCUCCGCCACUGAUAUUUCUGGACACCCUGUACCACUUCCCUGAGACUUACGAGUUGGUGGAAGAGGUCAAGGAGAGAUAUAAUGUCCCUGUCAACGUCUAUAAACCGGAUGGAUGCGAGACGGCGCAGGAUUUCGAGAGAAAAUACGGAGAGAAACUGUGGGAGACGAACGAGGAUGUUUACGACUUCUACGUGAAAGUUGAACCUGCACGUCGUGCAUACCAGGAACUGAAUGUUCAAUCCGUCAUUACUGGUCGUCGUGCUUCUCAAGGUGCCGCCCGUGCCACCCUCCAGCCUCUCGAAAUCGACUCUACAGGUCUUAUCAAGCUCAAUCCCCUCUUCGCUUGGAACUUCCAUCUCGUUGAUUGGUAUAUUAAGUCAAACGAAGUCCCACGGAACAAGCUCCUCGAUAAAGGCUACAAGAGCGUCGGAGACUGGCACAGUACUGUUCCUGUGAGUGGCGAGGGCGAUGAGGCGGAGAGGGCAGGCAGAUGGGCAGGAAAGCAAGAGAAGACGGAGUGCGGCUUGCAUGUGGAUUAUUUUGCCAUGAAGGCGAAGCUGAAGAAGGAGGUGCGUUCCCUUUGCCUCCUGCUCAUCCGACGAUAUGAACUGAACUAUGCGCCGUGGACAUAUAGCAAGAGGCCUUGGCCGCAACCAAGGAGAAUGAAGCUGGUAUCACUGCUUAAUUGCCGAUAG